CAUGCUGAGCUGUCAGUCAGACUGGUUAUUAAUAGCUGAAGCAAAAGGAGGAGAGUCAGAGCAGAGGGCACAGCGAGCCUCUCAGCUCUAUCAUGUUGUAACAUUUUACAGGAUAAACUCUGAACCUCUUUGAUUAUGGAUAAUGUUUCUGUUGUAAGAAUCUUCACUCUCACUGGGUUAAAUGAGACAAUGGACCACAGAACUGCUAUAUUCUCGCUCACUUUGGUUUAUUACUGUGUGGUUUUAUUUUUAAACAUCUCCCUCAUUGUCAUUAUUGUUUUGGAUGAAAACUUGCAUGAACCUAUGUAUGUUUUACUUUGCUGUGUUUGCAUUAAUGCAGUUUAUGGCACGACCGGUUUCUACCCUAAAUUCCUGUUAGACCUGCUGUCGUUUUCUCAGGAAAUGUCCUAUGGCUGGUGUCUCUUUCAAACUUCUCUCUUGUACUACUACGCAUGCUGUGAGCUGUCUAUCCUGGCCCUCAUGGCCUACGACCGGUACCUGGCCAUCUGUCGGCCGCUGCACUACCACACAUUGAUGACCAGGAGGAGACUCUCUCAGCUGGUGAGUUUCUCCUGGCUGACUCCUUUCUGCAUUGUAUCAAUCAAUAUUUUGGCCACAUCCAGACUGGAGCUAUGCGGGUUUACAAUUAGGAGACUCUUCUGUGUGAACUGGAUCAUUGUUAAGCUUGCCUGCCCCAACAGCAACACCCUCUUAAAUAACAUUGCUUCAUAUGCAGCAAUUGUAAUCUAUGUCUCUCAUGGCUUUUUCAUCGUUUGGACUUACAUGCACCUCGUGCGAACAUGUGCAACCUCCAAAGAUGACAGGAUGAAGUUCAUGCAGACAUGCGUGCCUCAUUUGAUCUCUCUGACCACUUUCGUGACUGUGAUUGUUUUUGAUUUGAUGUAUAUGCGCUUUGGCUCUGCACAAAUGCCCCAAAGCCUUCAAAACUUAAUCGCUAUAGAGUAUCUGCUUUUUCCUCCAAUGAUGAACCCUUUAAUAUACGGAUUCAAAUUGACCAAAAUACGAAACAGAAUCCUGAGCUUAAUUUAUGUUAGGAUACAAUAAGAACAUAUUUGUUCUGCUUAUUUGUUCAGUUUUAUUGAUAAAAUGUCUUUAUUUUCCAUCAUCAAUUUGUGAUCAAGCUGUGUGCGUAAACAUAUGUAGGAUGUUUCUCAUAACACAACAUAGACAGUGAUGAAAAGCAGUUCAUUUAUCAGUUCUUCAGUUCACUCCUAAGAUAAGUAUGAACUGAUGAAUUAACCUAAUAACCCGAAGGUAAACAAAAGAGGUUAUGAGACACCAAUUUUAUUAUUUUUUGUUUAUUUUUUAUUGUUUCAGUGUUUUUCUUGUAAACUAGCUGUUGUAAUCCUCCAUGAUGUCAAAUAAAAAUAUAUUCUCAUUGUAGUUUUCUCUGUAGUUUUUCAGGAACCUAGACA